CAAUGGAUUAACCAAAAAAUAAAAUAAUAUUAACUGGAGAUCAACCAGAUAAAUUAAAAUAAUUAUAACUUAGGGUUCAAGUAGAAGUACCAAAAUUAGUAAGAGAUGAUUUAAUUUAAAAAUACUCAAAUGAGGAUCAUUUAAUUAGAUUAUUAAUUGCUAGAGAAUGGAAAAUUAAUGAUGCAUUUGAAUAAUGGAAAAGAUGGGUUGAAUGGAGAAAAUUAUAUAGAGCAGAUGAUAUUAAGAUUGAAGAAAUUUAAUAAGAAAUAAGUUUAAGAAAAGCAUUUUGGAAUGGAGCUGAUAAAUUAGGAAAUCCAUGUUUAGUUGUGAAAGCAAAGAGACAUUUUCCUGGUCAAAGUAAUCCUGAAACAUUAAUAAGAUUUUUUUUAUAUAUGAUUGAUUAAGGUAUACAGAAAGCUGAUUAAGCUGGUACUGGUAAAAUUAGUGUGAUUUGGGAUAGAGAAGGUGUUACAUCAAAGAAUUUUGAUUCAUCAAUGUUUACAAUAAUGAAGAAAAUGGUGACUUUGGUAUAAGAUAAUUAUGCAGAGAGAUUACAUUAAUUAUUCAUUCUAUAUCCUAAUUUUUUAGUUAAAUCUAUUAUGACUGUUGUAAAACCAUUCUUAAGUGAGAAAACAAAAUCUAAAAUAAUAUUGUGUAAUAAUUUGAAGGAUCUACAAAUUUAUUUUAAUGAUAAUUAUAUAAUAUCUGAUGGUCUUAUGGAUGAUAAUGUAGAAUAAAUUCAAGAUGAGGAUACUGAAGAAGAGAAAAAAAAAAUAGAAUAAAUGAUAGCAGAGUAAUAAUGA